AUGUCAAUUAUGCUGCUUGCUGUUCUUUUUGGAAUUCGAAGCAAAAUCAGGAAUGGAAGUUACACAAAUUUAUAUCCUUUGACUGGCAUUCACUUGAAAUCGACACAAGUGAAACAUGUGAAUUCUGAUCUCAUCGUCGUCAUUGGCCUUCAAAAACAGAACUUGCCUAAGACCUUAUGA